UAUUGUUUGCUUAGCCGCAUCUGCGUCGGGAGCCUAAUCAGGCACGAGUUGUUUACGGGACACAGAAGUAUUUCACGCUUAUGAACUUGGCGAUUUGCUGUGAUUCGGGUGUUUAUCCCGGUUGCUAGGUCCACUUUGACGCUGAUGCAGCCGCGCGCGCCGUGCUAGCGGUGACGGCCGUUGCUCCACGCCGCAGGCCGCGCUGCGCUGCGCGGAGCGGCGCGGCGUGCCUCUACCGCGGAGCUAGCCGCGGCGCUGAACUUGCUCUGCGGCAUGGACACGCAGCACUCUCCGACCUUCGAGCGACUCUAGGCGCGUUCUUUGCUGAAACUGUGCUAGAAAGGCUGGGAAAGCAAAGAAUGCUCCUGAAAAAGCCGUAAAAGUUCACAGCAGCGCCUCGGUUCGUUAAACAUGCCGCACUGUGCGGGACAAAUGGAGGGCCCCAACCCAGACCCAUGAAUGCAAAAGGAAAUGGAAAAAUCUAAGAGACCGCUACCUGAAGGAAGUCCGGAUGGAGCUCAAAGGCAAAAAGCAGGGAGAGUUUGUACAAAGCAAAUGGAAAUACAGACAGCUGAUGAACUUUAUCGCCCCCUUCACCGGAUCCAGAGUGGGAGUGAUGGACAUCUGUGGCAACUGUGACGACCACAACAACCCUGACCACGAAUCCGGGAGUGGUGAGGGAGACACCGCUUCGUCAGAGUCGACCAAGACUUCUCUAAAGGUUUCUACGAGUCCGUCCGAGCAAAAAGCUCCGCUGGCCUUCGUAACGCAGCUUCCCGCGUUGUCUCAGGACACAGAGCUGACUCAGCUGGCCAUGGUGGCCAAGAUGUCCCCCGUCUCCCAGAUAACCCCCACCAGCAACACUGGACGGAAACGGACUUUGUUGCCGGAGUCGGCGUCUCCACAAAGUACAGACUUGUCAAAUAAGUGGCUGGUGAAGGAAGGCGGCGGGCCGCUCCCCGCCAGGAUGCGGCAGGACGAGGACGAGCUGUUUCUGCUGAGCUUCGUUCCAGCUCUGAAGAGACUGGCCCCACAGAAAAGGUGCGAGACUAAAAUGAAGAUCCAGCAGAUAAUGUACGAAGCAGAAUUUAACGUGCAGGAAAAAAAGGCUCCGCAAGACACAUAGAAUCGAUCAAAAUUUAACUUAUUUUUCUUUCCAAGCUUCAUUAAGACUUUUCUUCAAAAUGUCUUUCAAUUAAAAUAAAGUGUUGCUUUUU